CUGAACAAACAAGGUGUGAGGUUGACUCCCAGCACCCAGACCUCAGGCUUCUUCCCAGUCAGGUUCAGAGUGUGAGCCUGACUCACAGCAUCCCGGUCGCAGGCUCCUUCCUUCGCACAGCUUGAAAUCGGAAGCUGUUGCGUCCUGCUGAAGACAAUGGUGAUGCUUCCCAAUAACACAGAUUUAAACAUAAUCUUUUCUAAACUGUUACAAGAAUACAUAGACAAAACAAACAACCUGAAACCACCACCUGCGACUCCAACCAGCCACCUGGAAGUAGUGUAUAUUCUUUUAUUGCUUGGAAUCUUUGGUUUCUUCACCUUAGGAGUAAUGCUUAGCUACAUCCGCUCCAAAAAGCUUGAACAUUCACAUGACCCCUACAAUGUGUACAUUGCCACCGACAUUUGGCAUAAGAAGGACAAGGCUGACCUGCACGCCAAAGUGGUAGAAAGUUAUAGAUUGUGCUGUGUGUUUGAAAAUCCUCUUGCAGUAGAGCAACCUACCAGACAUAUUCCUGAAGUGAAGCUUUAAUAGCAAUAACCAGUUAAUGGAACCGUUGUCAUGCUGGACUUUCCAUGAGCACAAAAACAAGCUCUUGGAAUGCAUUCAUGAAAAGCAAAAUGACAUGAAAACAACAGUCUUUCUGAAGAACUCCUGAACAUAGUGAAAGCAAAUCCCAAACUGGGGAGCAAAUUCCAAGCUGCUAGUGCCACAGGGGCUACUCAGCUCAGCCUGGUCUUAGGCUGCUUUCAUGUCCUCCUAAUCCAUCCUGUUUGUCUGAUGUAGCCAUAGUGGGAAAAGUGCAUUUUCAGCAUCCUUAAUCCAAUGCAUUUUGGAAAGCUGUACUGUAGCAAUACUGUUAUUUCUAUUUUGGGUAUCAGACUGUAUCUCUUCAGGAGACUUAUUCAGGCUAUAAGCCAUUUCCUUCUCAGUCUCUCCUAAGGAAACUGGGGGGAAAUGUGGAUUAAAUCUCCCUGCAGACAAAUUUUUAACAUGGAUUAAACUUUGAUGAAUUUCAUAAUAGGACAAAGAUUAAGGUUUGAUAUCAUAUAUAAGGCAUGUAUCUAGUCUGUCGUCAAAUCAUUUUCACAAGGGAUGAUGGAUGAUGAAGUUAGUUUAAUGUGAUACUGGUCACAUCAUUUCUUUGUGUACUGUAGGCCACUCAGAUUGUGGCUUUUUCACCAUUCCAGAUGGAUAGCUAGGGAAUAGUGUUUACUUAGAACAUAACCAGGAAAUGCUAUGAAUGGCUAUGCAACUUUAAAGCAAGUUCUAGAAAAGAUGAAUGAAAAAGGCUAACAAGUGCAGACAUGCAUACAUAGCCUGCUAGUAAUAUGAAAGGACCAAAUCAAAUGUAACUGCUUUAGGCUCAUCCUGCAUUGGGCAAGGGGUUGGACUAGAAGGUCUGUAUGGCCCCUUCCAACUCUGUGAUUCUGUAACAACAGGUGGCACAUGAGAACAAAUGAAAGUACUGUGAUAAAAUCUUAGCCUAUAGAAGAUUUCCUUUCUGUUUUUCAUGCUCUUCUUUUUCUUUAUAGUUUCCUAUAGAACGUUGCAUCUUUUCUAAAAAUUAUUUCCUAAUCACUCUUUUAAUAUACCAGCUUCACAGUGCUAGCUAAAAAGAUAUGUCCAAUUUGUCCAAUUUUGGUACUUUCUUCCUCCUUCUUCACAGAAACAUUUUGCCACCUAGUUCUUAUGCUAUUAGCUAGAUGCUAAAUGCAACAUUUUAAAUCCUAAACAUAUUAUUGUUUUAAUUCAGUUCAACAGAUAUUGCAGUCCCCAGCUAUUAAAACCAAGGACAUCCACUACAUGCAAAUUGCUCCUAAGCCAUUUAAGCUGCCAAAUACUGAUUAUCUUCUUUUAGACACUGCAGACAGAUUACUAUAGUACACAAUUGCACUUGGGGGGUGGGUCCUUCAUUAUAAUAUUUCCCACUGAAGGUAUCUGUAAUUUCUGGUUAUUAUAUAACUUCUAUAUUAUUUUAAGCCAUUUAUUUAUUUAAUUAUUUUAAAGGAGGAUGAUUGCAACUUUAUACUAUUUCCUCUAUAGAGGAACAUCCAACGGCAGUAAGAGGUGAGAUGGGCUGAGUGGUAUAAAAGAGCAUAAUAUGAGAGUUCCUAACUGAUUAAAAAUGGCCUGGAUUGUUUGUAUGCUUUUAACUGCGGCUUGCUCUGCAGAAAUCAACCACUGAAGCUUUUUAAGGCGUGUAGCUAAGCAUUAUCAUCUGCUAAUGUUUGUCGAUCAAGCUCUUGUUUAAUGUUGGCCACCUUGGAUUUGAUUAAUACUGUGAUUGUAUUACACAAUCUUUAUGAUUGUAAUUCUCCUUUACAAGAAAUAUUUUUUUCCAAAUUAAUAAAGUAUCACUCACAAACA